UUAAACGAAUCUUCGACCAGUAACAACAAAAUGAAGAAAUUAUUCAUUUUACUUUUAAUAACAAUUUCGACAACUUUUGGAUUAAACAAUCGACGUCUUCGUGAUAUAUCUUUUCGAAAUUCGUACGAUAGCGACAAUUUAGCUUAUUUGGCGCCAUACGGAGAAUCAAAUCAAGUGUAUAAAUCAAGUGCUUAUAAUUAUCCUAAACCUGAAGUGGAAGUUCAACCUCCGAAAUUAAAUCGACUUUAUUUACCGGCUACAGAUAGGCCUUUCCUGGAUUAUAUUCCACCGACUCAUCCACCAAGAUUGCAUUUUGAGCCAAAUUUACAACCAUUACCAUCGGAAAAUCGACCGAAAUACGUCGGAACUGGAAAUUAUAUUUUUGAAAUACAAUCCGAUGAAGAUGAAAGAUCGCAUAGUGUCGACGUUGAAAAUCCAUUUUUUAGACAUACGUUACGUUUUGUGGAGUAAUUUAAAAACAAUUAUAAAUUAAAUAAGUGCAAAUAUU